AUGCUAGCUUUGGGUCGGUCUUCUCCAUUUCUGUCGAUCCACGGUCUAGACGAGACUGCAGGAAAUGCCAUCGCCUAUGCCGGAGGCAAAGAUGGGGCAAAAAAGACGUGCGAGGACAUCCUCUUCAUUGCCGAGUCGCUUGCGAAAUCACAACCCAGCAAGAAACCCAACUCUCCCGAGUCUCGGGUCAUCACGCAACAUUACGGAGUCCCUGCAGAGGGCCUAUUGAUCAAGCUAUCUUCUUGGCCUACCUUUCUCCUGUCCCUUAUACAAUCUCUGCGAGCCACAACCAACGUGCAGAGCUUCACUUGCCACAGAUAUUCCCAAGCCGUUCUCUUCAGUUAUACCCUUCGAGGUGAAUCACCGAUGACCAUCCCAAUCUCGUAUCCCGAGUCUAAAGAAGCGGACGUCGGAUUCGGGGCUCAGCAGACUGUCGUGGAGUUCCCAACCGAAUCGGUACCUGAGAAUGAUAGGGAGGCUAUUCUCUCCUCCUUCACCGCCGAGGAGGACCGCAAGGUCAUGCGGAAAGUGGACAAGCGAUUCCUUCUCCUCAUCGGACUCAUGUAUAUGCUCAAAAAUGUUGAUUACACCAACGCCGCAACCGUCAAAGUCCUCCAAGUCGGCCAAUCACGCAACAUUCUGAAGGAGCUGAAUAUGACACCGGACGAAUAUAACUGGGUCCAGUCUAUUUACUUUAUCAGCUACAUCGUCUUCGAAGUCCCUAGCAAUCUGCUGCUGAAGAGAAUGACGCCUCGAAAAUGGCAAUCUCGCAUCAUUGCAACCUGGGGUCUGGUCCUGGCCUGUCAUGCUGCAGUUCAAAACAAACAAGGCCUCUAUGCCGCUCGCUUCUUUCUAGGAAUGAUGGAGGCUGGACUCUUUCCAGGCCUUGCAGCCCAACUUUGUAGUUGGUACCGCAGCGACGAAAUGGGUAAACCAAUCAUGUGGAUGUUUGGCUUUCAAAACUGCGCUGGAAUCGUCGGUUCUCUGGUCGCCUAUGGCAUUUCUUAUAUGAAUGGUCUUAGCGGCUUGAGUGCGUGGAGAUGGGUCUACCUUCUGGAAGGAUUGUUCACCAUUCUCUUCGCCGGGGUCGUGUUCCUUGUUCUUCCAGACUACCCCAAGUCCAAGCGCUCGGCAAAAUGGCUCACGCCGCGCGAGCAAGAAUACCUCGAGCUGCGACUCACAGACAACGCUCCUCGCACGCACGAUGCGGCCUUCAGCAAGAAAGAAGUGUGGGCGUCCCUGAAAGACCCGCGGACCUAUGCUUUCUGCCUGUCCCAGAUCCUCAUGAAUCUCGGCGGAUACGGAUUGCAAUGGCAACUGCCCACCGUCACGACGAGUCUAGGCUUUGCCGGUCUGCCCAGGAACCAACUGCUCAACAUCCCCCCGGCCGCCGCAACGGUCUUGUCGAUCAUCUUCGCCGGAUGGUUCCUGAGCAAAGCAUACAUAACGCGGCCGCAGCUGAUCAUGAUCAUCUGCGCCGCGGCACUGGCCUUUUUCCUCGUCCUAUGCUUCGAUGUGAACCGGUAUGCGACGUACAUCGCAUGCAUAUUCGGGACCACGUUCUAUUCGGUCUACUUCAUUCCAUUCUGGGCUUGGCGAUCCGCAAGCCUGGUAGGCACGACAGGCACUGCCUUCACGCUGGCGUUCCAAUCCUGCAUCGGCCAGGUCGGCGGCGUCGUGGGCCCGCAGCUGUUCCAAUCCCGCUUCGCUCACAACGGGUACAAGACCUCCUUUGGCGUCUGCGCGGGCGCCAUUGGCGCAAGCUGGAUCGCCAACGUGUGGACCUGGUAUCUCACGCACGAGAACGAAGAGGACAUCAAGCGCGUGCGGCGCCUGCGGAUCAAGGCCAACAGGGACGGCGGCGUCUGGGCCGGCGAGGACGUCAAGUACCCGGUUAAGGCGUAA